CUUCUUCAUUCAUCUGCCUCCUCUUCCCACUUCUACUUCUUUCACCUCUAAAUUCAAAUCCAUACCCGAUAACCAUGAACCGCAACACUAACCAACAAGUUGUUGAAUCUGUUGAAUAUCCCCAUCUCUCAUUCUCUACUGCUGAUCCUGACCCUCCCACCCCACCAUCUUCCUCCGUCUAUGGUCAACAAAUGAAAGCUGAUGCUCCGUCGUCCUCCACCGCACCUCCAUCCAAGUCCAACAAUGCUGAGAAUGCUGAGAAAUGGGGGACGCACGUAAUGGGCACACCCGCGGUUCCUACAUGCCACCCAAACAAUCAAAAGGCAGCUUUAUGGGGCGCAGCUGAUCAGAAAGACUACCAAAACCACCAUCACCCUUAUAUCCAAUACACCCCUAUCGACACAAGUACCGCCACUCCCUUUGACUCUGUUCUCCAGAAAUUCAACACUUGGAGCGCCAAGGCUGAGUCCACUGCCCACAACAUUUGGCACAAUUUGAAAACUGGAUCAUCUGUAUCUGGAGCUGCCUGGGGGAAGGUGAAUCUGAGGGCAAAAACAAUAACAGGAGGUGGAUUCGAGGCUCUUUACAAGCAGACGUUCGCCACAUAUCCGAAUGAGACCCUCAAGAAGACAUUUGCCUGUUACUUAUCCACAUCAACUGGUCCAGUUGCCGGCACCCUCUAUCUCUCUACUAUCCACGUCGCUUUUUGCAGCGAUCGCCCGUUGUCCUUCACUGCGCCGUCUGGCCAGGAGACUUGGAGCUAUUACAAGAUUUUGAUACCACUAACCAAGAUUGGGAGCAUCAACCCAGUGGUGAUGAGAGACAACCCAACUGAGAGGUACAUACAGCUGGUCUCCGUGGACGGCCAUGAUUUUUGGUUCAUGGGAUUUGUUAAUUAUGAGAAAGCAACUCAUCAUCUCUUUGAAAGCUUUUCAAGUUUUGCUGCAUCUGGAAUUCCAGUCCCCGACCCACAUCAACACGCCCAGAAGUUGGACUCCGCUGCCCAACAUUGAGCUUCACAGAUUAUUAUUUCUUCAUGUUUAGAUAGUAAUUGCGGGUUGAGUGUGUAAUUUUCAAUAAAAGUUUGGUAGGUACUAAUACUAGUAAGGUUUUUCCCUUGAAUAAAAUACCAAACAAUAUAAUUUGGGCUUCAUGUUCUAA